AUGACAUCCAAAGAAGUCGCCGAAUGUGACGCGGUCGAGAAUAGGAGGCGAAGUCCGUUGGACCAUCUUCCUCCGCCUGCAAACUCGAAUAAGCCACUGACACCGUUCAGUAUCCAAGACAUUCUCAACAAACCCUCCGUGAAACGAAGUUACACCAUUUGUGGGACAGCACACCUGAUUUCGUCGGCUGAGAAGCACCGUUCGUCCAGCAUCUCUGCUCUGGCCAACAGGGCACUGCUCACACAAACCUCACCACUCUGCGCCCUGGAAGAACUAGCCAGCAAAACCUUCAAGGGGCUCGAAGUUAGCGUGCUACAAGCAGCUGAAGGGAGAGACGGAAUGACACUCUUUGGGCAAAGAAACACCCCGAAGAAGCGAAGGAAGUCCAGGACUGCCUUCACCAACCACCAAAUCUACGAAUUAGAGAAAAGAUUCCUGUAUCAGAAAUAUUUGUCACCCGCUGACCGAGACCAAAUCGCCCAACAAUUGGGUCUAACGAACGCCCAAGUCAUCACGUGGUUCCAGAACAGGAGAGCCAAACUAAAGCGAGAUCUGGAAGAGAUGAAGGCCGACGUGGAGUCGGCCAAAACUAUAGGUGACGGUAUUGUACCUCUGGAGAAACUCGCCAAGCUCGCUGACCUCGAGAAAUGCGCCAACGGAACACUCGGACAUCACCCGCGAGCCGAUUCUCCCGCGCAGAGCGGCGGACGAGAGUACGAACUCGCACGCAAGCUGCGGAUGUCCCCCCUGUCGCCGUUUUCAGACCACACAACAAGUAAAGAAUGCUCAGAGGACGACGAAGACCUAGAAAUUGAUGUGGAUGACUGA